AUGAGCUCUCCCCAGUUUGAGACCGGCCUCACAUUGGCCGGCCGCUAUCUGGUGCCUUUCGUGUUGCUCUCGCUCCUGCUUUGGAGAAACCUGGUUAGCAAAACUGUCCAGGAGCCAUAUCUCGAUGAGGUUUUCCAUGUUGGCCAGGCACAGGCUUACUGGGCCAACAAUUGGUCCCAUUGGGAUCCGAAAAUCACCACGCCGCCUGGCCUUUACGUAUGGUCAUAUGUGCUCUGCGGCAGCGUUCUGCUGCUCCGAGGAUCUCCUACAGACGUUGGAGUCGAUGAACUGCGUGCUACCAAUCUCGCUGCCUCGGGACUAGUCCUGCCAUGGCGUCUUCAGACUCUAUUGGAUUUAUUGCGAAAGGAGCAGAAUACCCGGCAGUCGGGCGCUUGGGUCAGCCAUACAGUGCUGAAUAUAUGCCUCUUUCCGCCGUUGUUUUUCUUCUCCGGGCUGUAUUAUACUGAUGUCCUCGCUCUGCUCGUUGUUGUGGAAGCGUAUAUUUGGGAUAUCAAAAGAUCGGAUGCAAAUGGCGCGAAGAAGACAAUCGGAAGCGCUCUGCUUGGUCACACUUCGUUGCAAAGCUUGGCCUUUGUCGUGUUGGGUCUCGUUGCUCUUGUUUUCAGACAGACAAACAUAUUUUGGGUUUCUGUCUUUAUGGGUGGUUUACAGGUUGUUCGGACUAUUCGCCAAAACUCGAAAUCUCUCUCGUAUACCAAUUAUUUUGCAAUGGUAUCCCAGAGCUUCCAGGGAGAACUCUACGAUCCGCUUGUGGCGGAGGCGAGCUUUGUUGACUAUUUCAAGACCGGCCUGUCCCUCGGGUGUGCUGCAUUGGGCCAGCUGCCUCUUGUCAUUGCCUCCAUCAUCCCGCAUCUCCUCAUUCUAGCAGCAUUUGGCGGAUUCGUGCUCUGGAAUGGCAGCGUCGUUUUGGGGCAUAAAGAGUUCCACAGCGCUGCUAUCCAUGUUCCUCAGAUGCUGUACAUCUGGCCGUACUUUAUCUUUUUCUCGUGGCCACUGGUGAUCAUUGGCAUUGCCAAUGUCACUGUACCCAGCGGGCUCCUUCCAAAGUUCUUCGACUAUCGACUGAACAAUACUCACAGACUUCCGCGGUUUCUCACGGCUCUAGGUGUCAUUCCUUUGAUGCUGGCCGCUAUCCACUUCAACACUAUUGUGCAUCCUUUUACUCUGGCUGAUAACAGACACUACGUUUUCUACGUCUUUCGAAUUUUGACCGGGUAUCAUCCUGCUGUCAAAUACGCAGCGGCCCCAGUCUACUUCCUCUGUGCAUGGGCCGUCUUUACCGCAAUUGGGAUCUACUCGCCUCCCGGUCCAAAAGGCCCAUCUAUACCCCCUGCAAUGCUUGACGCUGCCGCAACUCAGGACGAACAAGCAAAGCCAGCCCAGAAGAAAGAAUUAGCAAGCAAGAAGCAGCAAAAACAGCAAAAGAAGCAGUCUCUAAAAAAGAAAACCACAUCAUCCGCAGAACCCCCAAGCACUCAGGUCAUCACUCCCGAAGUUAUAGCCCGGAUCCAAGCACACAUGAAUAAACGCCAGCAGCAAGUCGAACGGCAACAAAUCCGCGUUAGCUUCGUUCUCAUCUGGCUCGUCGCUACAGCCCUCUCGCUCAUCACAGCGCCUCUGGUCGAACCCCGGUAUUUCAUUAUUCCGUGGGUGAUGUGGAGAUUGCAUCUUCCUCGCCUGCCGACUCCAGAAGUCUUCCGGGAGCAGCAGCAAAGGGAGGAGUCUGGUUUGUUCAAGGCGCAUUUUGCUACGGCUUUGCCGCAGGUCAUGGAGACAGUUUGGUUCUUGGUGAUUAAUGCCGUCACGGGUUACGUGUUCUUGUACAAUGGGUUUGAGUGGCCGCAGGAACCGGGGAAGAUACAGAGAUUUAUGUGGUAA